GUUGUUGAUUUUGUACAGCGCCCUCAGUUGAAUACUCUUUGCGCACCCAGCUAGCCAGCUAGCUCUCAUGUUGCAUAGCGGUUCGCCGACCCGGUCCGCCUAUAAUGUUUAUACGUUUCUUCUGUGUCAGCAUCAGUGAAGUUUGGAGAUAAAGUUUCUAGCCAUCUCAAAUGUUUGAAUUUCUUCCAGCAUCGUUCCUCUUAUUACUGCAUCGUAUGAUCAAAUGGGUUUUACACAAGUUCCUUGGGGCAUGUGAAUUACAGAGGCUGUGUCGGGACUGCCCGGCUGGUUCAACGCGAACCAAAAACAUUGAAUCCUCUUUAAAAAAAUCAAAGCACAGUGCACUGAGGCGAGUGGUUACGGAUAGCGAAGACAUCACUGUCAAGGAUGCAGUUGAAAAUGUCAUCGCCAUUAAAAGAAUUGAUCCAGAAACCCACAAAGAUGUUGUUGAUGCACUUCAGGGAAGUUUACGCCAAUCUUUAGGUUACAGAACCUUGUUAAAGGAAGUUGAGAAGCUUAGAUCAGAAGCAUACUCCUCUGAUAAUCCAGACCAUGAAGAUGCAUUGAUGCAGGGAUGCUUGGACUGAAGAACAUUUUAUACUUUGCCACUCAGCAUACUGGCAUUGCCAGGCAGCUUCUAUCACAUUCCAAUCACCCGCAGACAGGGUAUUCUUUUGCAAUUGUUGGCAUCAACUUGACCAGUUUGGCUUACCAUCUGAUGCUUGACGGUGACCUCAAGACACAUUUCUACAACACCUGCAGUGGCACACCACUUAUUAGUCACUUUCACCAGGUUUACUGCUACCUAUUUUAUGAGUUUGAUAGUUUGUGGAUUGCUGAAAAACCAGCCACCAUCAUGGAAUUCAGUCGUAUACGGGAAAAAUUUCGAAGGAAGAUAGUUGAGAUACUUAAAAACCCAGAAACGGUACUUGCAGCUAAUUUUGAACUAGAAGUAAACUGAUGACCAGUAGCAUCCAGCAGUUGGGACACAUUCGUAACAACAGGACACUUAGGAGUAGUCAAAGCAUGGACAACGUUUUGUGACCAAACCGCUGGAUGUCAUUCAUCUGCUCCCACAAUUGCACGAUUUUCACAUGAAAUUUUGGAACUGCCACUGAUAUCAAGCACUUGUAGUUGAUGAAUUUUUGUAAUUAUGUUGAGUAGAACAAAAUAUGACAGAUAAAAGAAUUGUAAAAGAGCAGUAGUUGAUCACUAAGAUUUAAAUAGAUUUUUGGAGAAGUAUCAAAUACUUUACGUUCCAACAUUUUGCCUGUAUCACCAACAAUAUUUUUUAAGAGACAACCUUGGUUUGGUGUCUCUGGAUGUUUUCCAUCAUUGAUUGAUUGUGAUUGAUGGAAUUUGGGUUUGCCAGCCACCUCUUUCAAUAUGAAAUGUGUGAACCCAUUUAUUUUGAUUCAUAUGUUUUGAUACAACUUCCAGUGAACCAAAGUUACAUCAUUGGUGCAUUAACCAAUAUUCACUGUUAAGAUUUGUUGGUAUUGCAAACGUUAAAAAUAUUCUUACUUUUCUUUAACCUAAGAUUAUCAGAUUCAGGAAAGAAAAUAAUACAGUAACUGUUAAUUUCAACUUUAUAUCCAUUUUAUCAUACUAAAAUUUAUGGAAAAAUAUCUAUUAGUGAAAACUGUGAUAUUUGGAGAGUUCUAGAUAGUUUGGUGCAACGCAUGAUCAUCAAAACAUGUGGGCAGAUAUGUAGUGGUUAAAAAUUGUAAGGAGUAGAGUUUUACUGUAUUUUAAUGCGAGAACUGAAUUUCCGACUUGGAGCAAUAAAGUGUAUCUUAUCUUAUCUUUAGUUCUAUGUGGUUCUCAACUUUUUGCAUUUGCGGAUCCCUUUGGACAUGUUAACGUCUUGACAGACCCAUAUCGAAGCAUUAAUCUUUGUUGAUAUUUCAACAAUAAGAUUAUAGAUAGAAGAUUGAUUCGCCACAAAAGUACAACAUUAAACAGCGCAAGAUUUUGGAAACUGAGGUACAAAAUGUCUAUUGCACUUCUGAUGGCCGUAAACGGCACUAUCGGACUCAAAAUUUGAAUGUAAUGUAAUUUUCUUUUAUACCCCAUUUAUUUUUAAUUUUGUAAAAUUUAGGGCCUUCACCCCUCCUGAUUUCACUUAUGUUAAAUGGUAUUUCAUUAAUGAUUAGCAAUAAGAUGAUUAGCACACUAUUGCAAGAUAAGAAAGUUAAUGUAAUCAUGAAAAAUUGGUUUAAAAAUCUAGUGGACCCCAACAUUUUUCAGGCAUGCCCAAUUAUUUUUUGCGAAUCUCUAAGACAUCUGCAUACCCCAGGUUAAAAACUAUUGGUUUACAGUACUCACCUCCAAACAAACACAAACAGCAACUUUUAAAACAUACUCUGAAUGAAUGUAUAUUUUGUUUAGUGUGGCAUGAUGAGAAUCAGCCAUCAUAUUUAUUUUAUUUAUCAGCCAUGAAAUCUAGCAUUUAGAGUUAAAACAUAUAUUAAUGUAGAAAUUUUUAGAAAAGCAUGGCCAAGGUGUGUGUAUGUAUGUACUGUAUGUUCUAAUGUGGAUACAUGAACAAUAAUUGUAAUACUGUAUAUUUGAUAUGGAUAAUGUAGUUAUUGGGUGCCCAGAUUAUUUUCAUAAUGAUUAUGAUAGAUGAAAACUCUUGAAUACACAUAGAUCGUUAGUGGAAAAUACGUUUUUUAAAGGAUUGUGUGUGUAUCUUAGUUUAUGAAAACUACUGUGGGCCAAAUCAAACAUCUAAUGUGGAUACUUGAACAGCACAUUUGUGUCUUUAGAGAUAGACAGAAAUUCUAGGAGAAUAUAUUGUUUGUUAUUACUGUACAAUUUAACCUAGUAUUUUUUUGUUGGCUCUUAUUGAAAUAAUUUUAUCGUUUUAUGUAUUAUUUUAUCCAUGAUUGGUUGUGAUGCUAUGUAGCAGAGAUUUGAAUAAACUGUACACCUUGUGAAACAAUAACA